UUUUCGUCCUUCGUCAAACGUUGCACUUUUAUAUUGUAUGUAAAUAAAAACUUUUGCCAGGCUAAGAUUUUGAAUCUAACAAUUCUUGAAGAAAAAUGUCGUCAAUAGUGCAAAAGUGUAACGACGACAACAUUCCAUUAGCUGAUGAUGAUCCGCAAGUGAUUAUUACAGACGACGUGGAGAACAAUCAUUUAGAUCAUGGUCGUUCAAUGGACUCAUUGCCUAGUUCGUACACUGGCGGUUCCUCUAGCCCUGGCCUGAAUGGCCCGCAGAGCUUUGAACCCGACUCGGGAUUAGAUGAGCAGGAAGAGAAGGCACGGUUGAUAUCGCAGGUGUUGGAGCUUCAGAACACUUUAGAUGAUCUGUCGCAGAGAGUGGACUCGGUAAAGGAAGAAAAUUUGAAGCUGCGUUCGGAAAACCAAGUGUUGGGGCAGUAUAUUGAAAAUCUCAUGUCAGCAUCAUCAGUAUUCCAAUCCACUACCCCUAAUGUUCAUAAGAAGUAAAUCGGAGAGCUUGAAAUCUAUAAUGCACUUAAAAUAGUGCAUACUUAUUAUUGGUUGCACUUUAAAAUUAAGCACCAAUACAAUUUUAAUCUAUAAUGUUUUAAGUAUUACAUAUAAAUAAUGUUUAAUACAAAGUUUGUAUGGCUUGUAUCAUCUUCUCUACUUACAUGUAAAAACCAUGUUGGCUGAUAGAUUAGAAAAGUAAUGCAUUUGUUUUCUUGUCACAAAUAUUCUGCCCUCCUAACGAUAAGUGCAAUAACUAAUUUUGAAAUCUCAGUCACUUGUGUGACAUAUUGUAUGAGAACAAAGUAUAUUAUUUAAUGAUAAUUUAAUAUAAGUUAUUGCACUUAUUGUUAGGAGGGCAGUAUUGUAAUCUUUAGUACUUGCUUUGCUGACACAAUUAGUCAAGCAAAUCUGACGAUACAAAUCUGAUGAAGCAAAUCUGACAAUACAAACACAGUUUAUUGGAAAAAUAUACUUAUAUGUAUGUAUAAUGAAGUUUACAUGACUUAGUUUAUGCUUUAUUAGCAGUGCACUAUUGAAAUUAUGAAGCAAAACAAUCUAUCUCAUAUUGAAAGGUAUUGUUUAAAUUAACUAAAUUCUUGAACCUGUUAAAUAUCAACUGGUUUAAUAAAUUAAUACCUUAUGAAAUGGGGGGAAAAAAAAUACUAUUUCAUUUCUGUAAGCUUUGAUGCUUAGCUUCAGCAUUCAUUAAAAUUUAAUGUGUUUUGAGGUGGAGUUAUUAGAUUUUUUUUAUAUAUAAUUGUAAGGUCUGACAUGGGUUUGAAUGACGGCUUUUGUAAAUGUAACUGCUAAAUAAAGGCUAUUGCCCAUAUAAAAGCUAAAUGACGCUAUGUACAGUCAGACAAAAAAGACUAGAAAUGAAUAAGUGGCAAUACACUGAGUGUUUCAAAUCAAUGUAAAAAAACUGGACAACACUAUAGUUCGUUUUUUUAGCAUUAGAACAACAAUCUUGAUGUGUCUUUUAAUUGAAAAACACAUUUUAAGAAUAAGUUACGGCAAAUAUGUAACAAUUAUGGAUCUAAUACGAUCAUUUAUAUUCUUCUGCUUUCAUAAGUAAUCGUUUUUGAUUUUUAAAAAGCGUUUUUCAAUUAAAAGACAUGUCAAGAUCGCUUACCUUCUUGCAAGUUCUUUCUAAUGCUAAAAAAAACGAACUAUACAGUAUUGCCACUUUAUAAUUUUUACUCUUUUUUGUCAGACUAUAGUAAGUAUAACCGUUGUAUCUCAAAAAUGAACUGAAUGGAUUAAUUACGUUUUACACAUACAGAUUUGUGUAUUGUUACUGUCAACAUAAACAACUCUAAAUUAUAUGUCUUUUUUUAUUAAUUUAAUGAACAAACCAGUAUUUUUGAUCAAAGCUCUCAUAUGCAUUUAUAAACAUAUGUCCACUCAGUGGCGGAUUUGCAGUCUUUGCCGCCCUAGGCCCCAAGCCUUGUAGCCGCCCCUUUCUCAGCAUCAGCACCCAUCAUAUUGACUACAUUUAGAUCAGGCAACGAAAAGAUAUAAAUGCGAAAUCGACGCCACACUCGCGUCCGCGGCUUCGCGCCGCGAUUCGGGCACAAGUGUGGAGGGCCCUCCAGAUAUCGUAAAAAUUAUAGCUUGUAGCAAAUUUAACCAACUUUCUUUUUGUAUAAUGAAUAAUGAUCAUGUCGUUAGAACGCAUAGUUUCCGAGAUAUAAGCGAAAAACUGAAAAAUGUGACCUACAAACCUCUCUCUUCCCCCGGCUCAAGGGCUACGGCCGGGGACUUUUGAUAUGUUCAGUCCAAAUAAAGUUAGGUACAAAGUCAAAAAUUGUGUUUCAAGCAUUUCCCUCUAGGUACCUUUUUUUGAGAAUUCGUUGCCUGGCCUGAUAAAUUUUGAGUCAUUUUUUGUUAUCAUCAGCGAAUUUUUUGUCACAAUUUGCCGCCCCUAAUAUCUCGCCGCCCUAGGCCCGGGCCUACUGUGCCUUAUGGGAAAUCCGUCCACUAUUUUAUUUCUUAAUGCUAAUGGAUGUAUAUUUAUAUUCGAUUGUUAUGCUUUAUAAAGUUUUUAACAUAA